AUGGGCAGCAGGUACGCAGAGCCUGCAAGCGAGCAUUCCUCGACGGGCUAUCUCCCUGUUCAUAUUUCUUUUCAGUUUCUGUUGUUUACUUUUCCAACGUUCAACUUGAACGGUUUGUUGCAUUUCCUUGGUGUAUCAUUCUUACCAACCUUCACCAUGCGUGUGUUGUGUCUCCACGGAGUAGGCAGCUCGGGGAAGAUGUUGGAGGCCCAGCUCCGGCCAUUUCUCAAGGCAGUCGAUCCAAGCUUUGACUUUGUCUUUGUGGAUGGGCCUUUCCCUUGCGAGCGAGGUCCUGGCAUGGCCGCCUUCGAUGGUCCUUUCUUCUCUCACACGGCUGGGUACUCACCAGAACAAAUGAUCGAAGCCCAUGAGCACCUCGACAGGACAAUUGACGACCUCGGUCCCUUUGAUGGCAUCCUCGGCUUCAGCCAAGGCGGUGCCCUCGCCCUCUCCUACCUCCACAGAAAGCAAACACAGAAUGAACUCCGCCCUUUCAAGUUCGCCUUGAUCAUGUCGUCUGUCAUCCCCUGCUCCGCCGAUGUCGGUGUCUGUGAGGAGGUUAUCCAAAGUCUCUGCGAUCAAACGGAUCCUUCAGCAGUCGAUCAGGACCAACGUGUCUUUGUCGAGCUUCUCGAUCGCACUGUGGGAGAGGCCAGAAAAAACAAUGCCCUCUUGCCGGAUAUUGACCUUAGCAUCUAUGAGGCCGGGGGUGAUCCGUCAUUAGCGCCAAGGAUUAUGCACCCUUCGUUCGUCAAGCAGAAGAUCUGGAUCCCGACUGUUCAUGUCGCGGGUAAAAAGGACUACAGCUUCAUGAGGGCCAUGUCGGACGUGGCGUAUGCUGUUUGUGAGCCCAAGCUGGCGAAGAAGAUGGUGCACAGCGGUGGCCACCAGCCACCACAGAAGCCGAGCGAGGUGAAGGAGGUGAUCAGGGCUUUGGACUGGGCUAUUGGGAUGAGCGAUCGUUUUGCGCACUGGAAUCUUUAGUCUGGGGGGGUUGGUCCUGUAUAAACACUUCUUUUGUGUAAAGCUUUGGACAGUAGACAGAUAGCUGAGGAUUUUGUGUUAGAUAUAACCUAGACAUGUAGAUGAUGUAGAGGUACA